AUUUUUGAUCAAACUGAAAGUGAUAUGUCACACCAACAUACUGAAAGCGCUAAAGGAAACGGUGCCACAGUGUAAGAGGUUUAGCGCUGUCAUUACAGGUACUAAAACUACACCGAAAGACAGAGAGAUGAGUCGAAUGCGUGAAGAAGUGGAGUUGGAGAAAAGUGUGAGGCGAUUGAGAGAGAAGUUUCAUGGACUUAUUGAAAUCGACAAGGCGGUAUUGCUCAUGCGACGCUAUGGAAACAACCAUCGUAUGGUUGCAAUGUGCGUCGCCCUGGCAGAUAACGACAGGGAGCUGGACGAGGAAGACGAGUCGGCUUUGAAUAACGACCCCGUAGCUAAGAACGUGGUUAUGAAGCUCACAGCCGAUGAAAAACAACAGGAAGAAAAACCCACCAGGUCAUCUGGAUCCAGUGGUGCCGGUUUUUCAGCGCAAGCACCGGGCAAGAAAAAAAACAAUGAUGAUACCGAUAUAGCGGAGCUCGGGGCACGUCUACGAGUUCUGCCGUUAACAGAGGAAAACAAACGAAUGUUUGACCAGGCUCAGGAAAACCAGAUCCCUUCUGUCAUACAUCAGUUUGCCUGCGAGUCAUGUGACAGGGAUUGGUGGAGACGUGUGCCUCAGAGGAAAAGGGUGUCACGCUGUCACCGAUGCAAAAGGAAGUACGAUCCUGUGCCAGCCAACAAAAUGUGGGGUAUAGCAGAGUUUAACUGUCCAAACUGUUUGCGGACCUUCAAGGGUUUUGGGCGGAUGGAUGGACGUUCGCCUUGUUAUGGCUGUCGCUCAGCCAUUUUCCCCUCAAAGAUUCUGCCACCCAGGAAGAGGAGUAUGAUGCCUGGGCCUAGAAGCAGAAAUCAGCACAGCUGCCUUGCUGAAGACUGUUAUAAUCGAAUGGAGCCCCAUGUACCUGGUACGGAAUGCGUUCACCCACACAGCAGACAGAAGAACAGGAAGCCACGCGUGGUUUACCCCAGCCCCGCUCACAUCAGCAGCGGAUCCACCGUCAACACCUGCCUGAGCCAGGGGAGUCUGAUAGAAAGCAUCAAUGAGCUCAUUCUAGAUGACAUUGAAGAAGAGUCUGACGAAGACUCUGACAGCAGCACCUGAAGCAGCAGUUAAACCGCUGAAUCACUUCAGCUGCUGCUUUGAAUGAAACCUCAUGUAACCUUUGAUGUAAUUGCAAAUAAUUCACUCAAAGUAACCAAUGCAUCAAGGCUAUAAGCAGACUGAAUAAAAUAUGUAAUGUACCGCAGGCUAUAUGAACACAGUGCAACAUACACCAAACAUAAAAUCCAGAUAAGCAAUGACUGACCCCCUGCUGCGGUGUGUAUCCAAGAGGGAGCAUUUGUGGUUUUCAGUGAUGCAGACGAUUUACUGACGUGACAUGAAACUUGGAAAUAGUUGAAAUGACCGUCAGCCAAUCAGAGUCUAGAGCAUUUGGCAGCACUGUGAUGUCAUGUUGAAUACAAAGCCCAGAUAUACUUCUUUAAAUGUCGAUCAUACCCUGUUCCUCUCCUUAUUCCUUGAAUUGUAUUAUACUGCAGUUUAGUAUGUUUAUUUGUAUAUUUAAGUUAGUAUAUUUCCCCCUCAUAUUUUUAUUGUUAUGUUGUCUUUAAUAGAAUCAUAAAAAGCCACAUAAGAAUAAUCUGUUACACUUUACAAUAAAGUUCAGUUUGUUGACAUUGUUGAAAAUACAUACUAGGAAUUAACAACAAACAAUAUUUAAAGCAUUCAAUAUUUACUUAACUAAUGUCAGGAUUGAUCUAAGCAUUUACAGUCAGGUUUAAAUUCAAAAGUUGCAUCUUUGGUCUAAAAUGAAAAUAUUUCAUUAACAUUGAGGUUGAUCAAUGCUGUAAAAUAUACCUUUUCAGAGUUUUUCAAAUGUUAGAAAAUGCAUUAGCACGUUAACAAACGAGACCUUUUUUGUAUAGUGUUUCCUAGUCUUUAAGUUUACACGAAACCUAAGAAAAGUAUUUGUUAAGAAAUAAUUUGAUUUUCUAGCUUUCAAAACAUUAGUUGUUCUCUUUCUCAGGUUCAAAUUUUUGUAAUCCCCCGUUUUUAGACUACUCUUCACACAACUAACAAAUACAGGCACUUACGAAGAAAAAGCAGACAGCUCCUGAUGAGCAAAACAGAUCAGCCUUACAUAAGCUGCCAUACACACAUAAGAGUUGCAUGGCGAACUCUAAUGAAGAUUUCAGGGACAUCUGCAGGGAUUAAAAAAAAAAGGCCAAAGACAGACAAUGUGUUUAACAAUAAUGUUAAAUAAAAAUCUGGAAUUGUGGAUGA